UUUGUUUCGUUUAGUCGGGAAUACAGAAGCAGACUGGUUGGUGGCGAUGGUUUGUUAAAUCCUCUCUCUCUCUCUCUCUCUCUCUCUCUCUUAGAAACUUCCGAUCCUCCUAUCGUAUUUUGGCGUCUUUGAUGAAGUCCACUGAUCGAUAGAAAUUUAGGAACAUCGAAUGGUUUCUUCGAUUCCGACUCGUGUGAUCGGAAUUCUUUUACUGCAAUUCGCUUAUCAUCAAUGCAAGAGUGUCUGAUCGAUUCGUUGUAGUAACAUACACGCUUAAAUACAUAUUGAUUUCGACGAUAAUGGCCAGCGCCGGGGAAGAAGAGAACGACGCCGUUCUAAGCGACGUGGAGGAAGAAGAUCCGGUGCCGAUUGACGUUAGCUGCUCAUCGCCCGAGGAUGUGUCCGUCGAAAGGUUCCGGGAGGUUCUCCUUGAGCUCGACCGCGAGCGGCAGGCUCGGGAGGCGGCCGAGAAUUCUAAGUCGGAACUGCAGGUUUCUUUCAACCGACUGAAGACCCUGGCUCACGAAGCCAUCAAGAAGCGCGACGAGUGGGGAAGGCAGCGCGACGACGCUCUGCGCGAGAAGGACGAAGCUUUGAAAUCCAACGAGAAAUUGUCAGCGGAGUUAACCGAGGCUGGUAGAGUAAAGGAGGAGACGUUCAAGCAAUUUGAGGAAGCGGUGAAGGCGAAGGAUUCGUCCAGGUCGGAGAUCGAGACCGCCGCCCAGAUGCUAGUUACAGGAAUCGAGAAAAUAUCAGGGAAAGUUAGUAGCAUCAAGAAUUUUACCGCCGGUGGAUUGCCGAGGUCUCAGAAGUACACAGGCUUACCUGCUGUUGCCUAUGGAGUAAUCAAGAGAAUGAAUGAGAUUGUUGAAGAUCUCCUGAGGCAAAUCGAAUUGACCGCGAAGUCAAGGAAUGAAGCACGGGAACAGAUGGAGCAGAGAAAUUAUGAAAUUGCUAUUGAGGUUUCGCAGCUUGAGGCUACAAUUAGUGAAUUGAGAGAAGAGGUUUCCAAGAAAACCUCUGCAGGAGAGAAUAUGGAGAAAUCUAUGGCUGAAAAGGAUGUGAAGAUAACUGAGAUGGAAAAGGAAAUGUCAGAGAAGCUAAAUUUGGCAGAGGAUGAACUUUCACGCCUGAAGCAGCUAGUCAGCGAGUAUGAUGAUAAGUUGAAGAAUUUAGAGUUAAAAAUGGACACACAAAGGCCUUUAUUGGUGGAGCAGUUAAAUUUAGUAUCAAAAAUUCAUGACCAGCUUUAUAAUGUUAUCAAGAUAGUCGAUGCAAGUGAAUUAGACCGGUCAGAUUUGGCAGAGUCCAUGUUUGUUCCACAAGAAACAGACAUUGAGGGGAAUAUCCGUGCCUCCUUAGCAGGGAUGGAAUCCGUUUGUGAAUUAUCUAGAAUUGUAGUUGAAAAGACAAAGGAUUUGGUGGAGGUGAGAAAUCGUGAAGUGAAAAGUUUAAGUGAAACUGCAUCCCGGUUAUUGAAGGAGAAAGAACAUAUCGGUUCUCUCCUGAGAAGUGCUUUGUCAAAGAGGAUGUCAACAGAUUUGUCGUCCAAGACAAACGAGUUGUUUAAAGUUGCAGAAAAUGGAUUAAGAGAGGCAGGGAUAGACUUCAGAUUUAAUAAUCAUCUUGGGAGCAGAACUGGUGCUGCCCCUCAUGAUAAAGAUGAUGCUUCAGAGAUGGCGAAAGAUGAAGUAUAUGCUUUGGCUGGUGCUUUGGAGAAUAUUAUUAAGCAAUCACAAGUUGAGAUCAUAGAGCUGCAGCAUUCAGUGGAGGAGCUAAGGGCAGAGACAAGUUUACUUAAAGAGCAUGUGGAAUCUCAAGCCAAGGAGCUCAGCCAUAGGAAGCUACAAUUAGAGGAACUUGAAGAGAAGGAGCGAGUGGCAAAUGAAAAUGUUGAAGGACUGAUGAUGGAUAUUGCUGCUGCUGAAGAAGAAAUUACGAGAUGGAAAGUGGCGGCCCAGCAGGAAGCUGCUGCUGGGAAAGCUGUUGAGCAAGAGUUUGUGGCACAGUUGUCAGCCUUGCACCAUGAGCUCGAAGAGGCUAAACAAGCUGUGUUGGAAUCAGAGAAUAAGCUCAAGUCCAAAGAAGAAAUGGCUAAUGCUGCUAUGGCAGCUAGAGAUGCUGCUGAGAAAUCCUUGAGAUUAGCAGACUUGGGGGCUUCUAGACUGAGGGAUAGGGUUGAGGAAUUGAACCGUCAGCUUGAACAGCUUGAUAAUAGAGAAAGGGGCCUGAAUGGUCCCAGAUAUGUUUGUUGGCCAUGGCAAUGGCUUGGCUUGAACUUUGUUGGUGCCCAACAUUCUGACACACAACAACAAAGUUCAAAUGAAAUGGAGCUCUCUGAACCGCUUCUUUAAGUAUAUUCCUUUAUUUUUCUUCUUUUUUCUUCUGUGUAUUUGUUGUGAAACUGUGAUAUUUUAAAUUCAUUAGUUACAAAAUGGGAGUUUAUAGCACAAAUCAUUUUCCAGAGGCUGUCUUAUUAUUAGGCAUGGUCAAUUGGUAUUGUUUAUUGUACACAAGUAGCGGGUUGUCCCUGAACCAAAGUGAAGAUGUGUUAGGGUGCUUUUGCUUUUCUAGGACACUUUCAUUUUCAUCACCGAUUGUUGUUCUUUUCUAACUAUAAUACACUGACUAGUCAAAGUGCUUAAAUUCUAAUCAAAAUUCCUUCUUAUGUUUGUUA